AAAGUGUUUUAUAAGUUGUUUUGUUAGAGGUGUACGUAACGAUAGUUACAUAUCGUUUGCUCGUAAGGCUUUAAUGUUGCUUUGUGUAAUAAAACUAUAAAGUUAGUACAUUAGCUUUAUGUAAAGCAUAGCAUGCAAUAGCUAAUGUGCGUAUAAUUUAGUAUUAUGAGGGACAUUUUAAACAAAUUGUAUUUGCAUGAGGGCAUUGUAAGAACCACAAUCUUACAGUGCAAGUCACAUACAGUAUAUUAAAUCUCAGUGUGGUUAUACUGGUAGUACAUCAGCGGGCUGCUUGCCCGCUAAUGUACUAAAGUGUACUUUGUGCAUUUAGCGUACUAAAGUGUACUUUGUGCAUUUAGCGUGGAUACCACUUGAGGGUUGAUGUUUCAACUGCACCACUGUAUGACUACGAUACCACAGCGCCCCCCCACCGCCACUGUGUGUUGAUGCGUGGCUCUGACCGCCAAUAUCGAUAUUUCAAGUCUUUGUUUUAUUGAGAGUUGUUUGGGGUUCGCUCACAAUUGCCAACAACCCAACCACCACGAGUGGUCGCAGUCGUGCCGAGUGUGACUUGGGAUGUUCGGUAAAAUCAGACGACGACGAGGAGGAGGAGGCGGGAACUUUGAGAGAAGAGCUGGCAACAUGUUGACCGUGUUUGUUCGACGUUUCGCUGGAGGGCACAUGAAGCGGCGUCUGGCAAAAGCACGGCUCUCGCUUGACGUUCAAUGUUUGAUGGAAAAACCCCAAAUCAGUCGGCAUUUUACCAUGAGGCGCCUCAAUUUAAUUUCCCUUUGUCAGGUGGCGGUGUGUUGUAGUGAAACAACCGGGGUGUGUGUACGUGCACGUGUCGCGUGAGGUAUUGCCACGCGGGUUCAGGAAAGGGCGGUCCUGCACAGAUUCCAUAUUUUCUGUCCGUCUGCUUGGAAAGGAAGAUCUCGACGUUUCAGCUGACUGACCAUCCACAGGAAAUGUUUGCGGUUUAUAGAGAAUGUCUUUAAAAAUAUUGUAUGUUUGUGCGGCAGAGCGAAGCAACUCGACUCUGAAGCGGAGGCUGCAAGAGGCCGAAUGGCGUUUGUCCGCGAGUCAGGCGACCGAGUCUCAGCUGCGGGAAGAGUGCGCGAGGGUGCAGGGCGUUGUGCACAGCCUGCAGAAGUCACUGCACCGCUCCCUGGAUGUUGGAGAAGAAAACGAGGCCCUGAAGCAGAGAGGGAGGGAGAUGGACCUGGGUUUGGUAGAACUGCAGACGUGUCAUGAUGAGGAGUUGCGGAGGCUGGAUACGGAGCGGCUGGUGAGGCAGGAGAAGCACUCGCUGCUCCUCGCCUCCACGCAGCAGGAGGCGGAGCGCAGGGUGGCGGAGGAGGCAGGGCGGCUGCAGGAGGUCAUCGGUCAGGGGCAGCAGGAGGUGGAGACGCUCGCAAGGCGGCUGAGCGACGUUGAGAAACAGAAGGGAGCCAAGCUUCUCAAGCUUCAAGUGGAGUACGACACCAAGAUCGUGAAGCUGCAAAGCGUCGCUCUGCUCAGCAAGCAGAGGAGCAGCGGAGCCUCCGACCACGACAUCUUCAGACAGAAGCUGCAGCACCUUCAGGCGAGCAAGGACCAGGAGAUUGCGGCGCUGCAGAGGCAGGUGAAGCAACUGGAGCACAGGCUGCACAUGGAGCAAGACUCGCUGCCAAAGAGACGAAGGCUGUAACCGCCCCGAUGGCACAACGUGCUUUUUGCAGCGUGGCAUCGUUAGCACGGAACGUAGGACGGAGAUACUCGCGCGUACGGGGAGAGGCGUCCAGCAGGUGCUGUUUCUGGGCACGGUUUGUCAAUUGGGGAAUGGCACAGAAGGGCAGGUGUGUGGUGUUACCCAUGGGAAGUGGAGUGCUCUGCCAUCUGUGCCUGUAACUGUUUGCUGUUGGUAAUCCGGGAUGCAUCGUACCAGUGUGUUUUUUGCUGUUACGUGCGCUAACGCACACGUUGCAGAGUGACGUCCUUUUCAUACGUCGCCUGUUCGUGUCAAGUUAGUCUCUGUCGGAAAGACGCCCGUUGCGAUAAUGUUAUUGUUGUCUUCACUUCGGGUGAUUUGAGCUGGCAUUCUUGCAGACUGUUCAGUGCCGACUGCAGGAAUGAGUUGGCGGGUGGUUAAAGGCGGAGGAGUAAUGAUUAAUCCCUCCCACCCUAAUGGAUUUUGCAUCUCUGCAUUGCUAUUUAAAAUAGCUUUUUUCCCUUCACAUUGUGGUGGAUGUAGCAGUCACCAACGGCUGCAGAGGUCUCGUGAAGAUAUCUCGUACAACACAAACGAAUCGGAUAAGCUUCGAGUCCUACACGCGAUUGGAUGUGUGCGUUGGCGAGCUUCAGAAUCCAAAUCAAUCGACGCAUCGUUGCGACUCCAGUAAAAGAGCCGAGGCAAUUUCGCGAAGGAACUUUGAGGGUGCAGACAAAGAGAAAGUCACGCAGCGCCACUUGCGUCCCAACAGGGCCGAGCCUUGCAGCAGCCAACCUCAGCCAGUGAUUGUCAUUCUUUCAGCACGUAGACAUGAACUUUUUGCCGUUUCUAAUCAAUAGUGCGGUACAUUCUUGCCUCAUGUCUGAAAAACAAGUAAAUCAAUCACAAAGGCUCCAGGUUUGGGCCGUGAAAAAAAAGAUAGCAAGUGAAUUUGUCUUCCAUAUGAAUGACUUGCCCUCUUGUAUCCCGUACCUACGAGAAACAAGCCCAGUGCAUCGAUUGGAAAAUAAUCACAUCGUAUAUUUUGACUCAAAAAGUGGUUCCUUGACGUUUACAUCUGGCAGAUCGCCAGCAUUGAUUCAAGCAACACGUGACUGCUGGUGAACACACAUCUCGGAACCGGUACACACGUUGCUUGUGUCAGGUCAGAGGGGCUGGUGGGUUGUGUAAAAAACAAUACUUGUAUAUUUUAUGUGGGGAGAGAUUUAUGAAGGAGAUGGAUUUCCUGCUUAUCCCAUUUGUUUCAUGUAGAGUACGGGGCCUUACGCUGAUUAAUUCCGCGAGUGUGAGAAUGGCGAUGUAGCAAGCUCACUACCUCCCCUCUCCGGUUCCCUGCGCACGUUAUGCUGAGCCAAGCACCUCAUUAAGUUAUCCGGCGAUGCUGCGUUGGCAGCGGUGCGCAAGCACAAUUAACAAAAACACACUCGUCGAUUACACUGCCUUAAAUGGGAAAGUACAUAAUAGGCGACCUUUCACCUUCAUAGCAAAUUCAUCUUAAGGCAAUAAUUUAUGUGCAAUGAAGAAUGGCCGUUGCCCGAAACGUCGCUUUAUUUUUUACUUUAAGACAAUGCUAUUGAUGAAUGUGAUUUUUUUUCCGUUCCUCAUCCAUCAGGAGGCACUAGUUCAUCGGUCCCUGUGGUGCAGUGUAGGAGUUGGAAAUGCAAGGUUUCAGUGCGGGGAGAUUUACUCCGUGGUUUCCCAUUGUCGAGAACAUCUUAUUCACACACGGGCACGCACACGCACGUGAACGCAAAGACAAAGGUCCCCCGUGAAGCUUGGACACACUGUUGGGGAAAGUGCUGUUGGUAAGCGCCUAUGAAGGCAAACUCGAAACACAAGUGAGUGGGUGGGUGGUAUAGCCAGCUCCACGCUCAACUGCCUUUGUAUCGCCAAUGCUGAUAUUUACGCAUCGCACCAGCUACUUAUCUUAAGGCCGAGUCGAUGUAGGGGUGGCCCAUGCCCAGUUAAAAUAACUGUCGCUUAUGUUGGCUGCAAUCGAGCUUUGGGCUCGUAGCGCAGUGCGCUAACCAUGACGCUCGUGCUCACCAUGCAGGAGCGCACACAUCUGUGCCUUAUGUGUGCGUUUGCACAUACGGUACAAUAAACAUUUGGGCUAAGCGAGAAAGGCUACAAAAAUAGAUAGAAAAAUAUAUCCAAGUGAAACUCUAUCUAAUUAACCUACGUGGAGCAGGACACUGCGUCCUGCAGUCGAUACGCGCAUGUUGUAUAUAACAUGUACACAUCACUAUUUCACUCUUUACUAAUACACUUAGCAUCAAAUUCCUGAACCUCAUGGUCGCACCGUGUCUCGUUCCCACACACACACCUAUCACACGUCUCCCACCUGCGUGUGUGUGCAUGUUGAACUUCGCACCUUACGUAACCAACCGUGCUAAUAGGAGGUGCGAUUCGUGCGUCUGCUACUUCACCAACCCCCUGUUUUAUACCCCAACCUGAUCCUGGCUUCUAGAAGUUUAUAGAACCGACUCGAUCCUACCCCUUGGGGCUUUAAGCCCUCAAUUAUGACCACACCACCCGGUCAUCACAAACGCGCGUAUCGGCCGACCACGCGCUCACGUUGUAUGCCAAUGUGCGGGGAGCGGAUUCUCGAUGCCUUUGUCAACACUAGGAAAUGCCGUCUCCAAAAAUGGUGAAAUCAAUACAAUGUGUAAGCUUGCGUACAAUUGCAAAUAUAAUGCUCUGUACUUUUCUGAUGUAUGAAAUUCGGUAAUCCCGUUUCCUGUGUGGAUGAUACCCCUGAUUGUUUUCGGUGCUCUGCUUGGGCUGUUUGAAGACAAACAGCGAGACGUCUGUGCCCAAUUGUUGCACGUUGCGUAAGGCUUUCCAAACACGCCGGUGUGCAGGAGCGGCAAUGAAUUGGCACAUUCGUUCACGUGCCAACUUUGCCGUAUUUAUUUUACAAAAACAAAAUGAAUAAACUUUCAAAGCCCGUGAGAAUAUCU